UUUACUGAAAAAAAAAGGAUCAACAAAAAGGGAGGUGUCAGAUUCAGAUAAGCAGGGAAUGUAGGGCUACAUCGCCAUCAUGGCCAUGGACAUGGAGAAAAAUCCUAAAUCGGAUCUGUCGUGUCUACUCAGUGUGGCCUAGUAUCUCGUCAAGAUGAGCCUUAACCUCCACCUCUACCGCAGUGAGCCACUUAUCCUUACGCUGGAGGAAUUAUGACAAACAAACUCAUCUUCCCAAUAUCGAUCCGAAAGACGUGGUAAACGCGGCAAAGCUUUUCGUUUACACAAAAAAAAAAAAUGUCGCUCCCGUCCGCCGCCUCGGUGAAGCUAGCAAGGAAAUCCAUGCAAAAAUUCUACGCUGGGAAAACCGGUCGUGGGAGGGAUUACCUGCUUUGCUCCAGCCGAACCGCAACUGGUGGUGCGAGUGCUGCAAAAGACCACGGUCAGGCUGAAAUUUCUGCUGGUGCGCGACCUGAUAUAAUACAGCAAGUAGGGGCGGCACAGGAUGGAGGAGCUCCAGGUGGAGAAGAUUAUGAAAAACUGCGCAAGAGGACGAGCACCCGCUUCGAGUCGCCCGACGCAUGCCCACCAACAUUAGAGUUCGACGAACAAAUAGGACCGGCGCCGGACGAACUUGAGCCGCGGCCAGAGAGUUUAACAUGCCUUGGGAAAAUAAAUGCGAAUGAUUUAUUUGAGCGACCUGCCGCCAUUGCCAAGGAUAAAGGAGCAGCUCAACAAGCUCGCGCACCGCCACUGCCCCUGCAGGAGCAGCAGACCAUUCCAUUCUCCCGCGUCUUCGCCGACCGCUUCGCCGCGGCGCUGCGCCGCGUGAUGAAGCUGCGAGAACAUGAGACUCUGGAGAAAUGGCACGAGACGAUUGAAAAUUUCGACCCACAGCGAUCCGUCCGAGCGGCGAAGAGAAAACUCGGGUUUCUAUUGCGGGGACAGCAGCAGGAGCAGGAUCUUCCGGAAACAGGAGAGGAGACCGCUGUGCUGGCACAAAACGAGGAAGUUUCUGUUGCGGACAACCCAACGCCGAGGGCUGCUGCAGCGGACCUGGGAGCCGACCAAACUCAUGAAUCGAUCGAGGACGUUUACCAUGACUUUCUACAAGCCGUUGUCUUCCCGCAUUUGCAACAGGCGAUUUCUGAUGCGGGUGGCGGAUCGGGCACGUCGGGAACGCAAGAUAUAAACAACGCGACAAAUUAUUGCUCUGAAGACAGCACACGAGCAGGCCGCUCCUCCGACGACAAACAAGUACUAGAAACCCACUUUUUCGUCCAAGCGACCCCUUGCAUUCGCGUGCAAACCCCGUCUACCCAGCGACUCACCCUCCCGCACAUCGACGCGAUGUACGGCCACCAACCCGGGCAGAUCAACUUCUGGCUUUCGUUAAACGAAACCGACGGCACGGUCAAGGGGUCGAAUUCGCUUUUUUCCGAAUCCUUUCCGAACCGGGGCGAUUUCCGCAGUUUCGACGUCUGCCGGGGGGAGCUGGUGCGGUUCUACGGGAAUAAGUGUCUGCACUUCACGGAGCCGAAUAAGACUGAGUGGAGUCGGGUGAGCUUGGACUUCCGCAUCGUGCCGGGCAGUUGCUUCGAGCUGGAUUGGCCUGGGGGGAAGGAUCCGAAGGGCCGGCCGAAGUUUCGGGUCGGGGAAGGACAGUAUUAUCGGCGGAUAGACGUAUUAGAAGGUCAACUGGAAGUUGUAGGCCUGUGAUUGUAUUGUGAAAAUGAAUACGAACGACCAAAGCGACACUACUUCUGAGAACUACUAAGUGCGAAAGCUCCCUUUGCUUGCGCGAAGGUACGAAAAUCAAGCAGAAUUCCGCAGCUCAGCGGCGUAAAUCGCCACCGUUUCGGCAACAUGGCGGCUGUUGCGACAAAUACCAAAGAAGUAAGCUUCUAGCUGCUGCAGAACUC